AUGGAGACCAUGAUCUGCUCAGUAAAGCAAUCAGCCAUGGCUCCUGUCAUGUCUGAUCUCCUACGGCACAAAUCACCUACUCCGAAGCUGCAACUCCCGUCCCUCCCUUCCAUUUCUGCCAAGAAAUGCCCAUCCUUUCUGCACAUGAGAAAGCCCCUGUAUCUCUCAUCUGUUGAAUUCACUUCGUUCAAAUGGGGGAGGCCUCAAAAGCUGAAAUUUGAAUGUGAGGCAUACGAAGCGGACCGGUCAGAGAGCAUCCCAAUCCCUGACGAAGAGGCACGAUCUGCUGCAGCGCAGAAGCUGAAAAUCGGCAUCUACUUUGCGACGUGGUGGGCGUUGAAUGUUGUAUUCAACAUCUACAACAAGAAGGUGCUUAAUGCCUUUCCGUACCCAUGGCUCACGUCUACGCUGUCGCUUGCAACGGGAUCCUUGAUGAUGUUGAUCUCGUGGGCGACAAGGAUUGCCGAAGCACCAAAGACUGAUCUCGAGUUCUGGAAAGCCCUUGCACCGGUGGCGGUGGCCCAUACGAUAGGCCAUGUGGCAGCGACGGUGAGCAUGUCGAAGGUGGCGGUGUCAUUCACGCAUAUAAUCAAGAGUGGUGAACCGGCUUUUAGCGUUCUGGUGUCAAGGUUUCUGAUGGGUGAGACGUUUCCAGUACCAGUUUAUCUAUCGCUUCUGCCGAUUAUCGGAGGUUGUGCGCUGGCUGCUGUUACGGAGCUAAAUUUCAACAUGACUGGGUUUAUGGGGGCGAUGAUAUCAAAUCUUGCGUUUGUAUUCCGGAACAUAUUCUCAAAGAGAGGGAUGAAAGGGAAGGCAGUUGGUGGAAUGAACUACUACGCUUGUCUGUCCAUGCUGUCUCUUGUGAUUCUCACCCCUUUCGCCCUGGCAGUAGAGGGCCCCCAGAUGUGGGCAGCUGGCUGGGAAAAAGCUCUCUCUCAGAUUGGACCCAACUUCAUCUGGUGGGUAGCAGCCCAGAGCGUGUUCUAUCAUCUAUACAAUCAGGUCUCGUACAUGUCCUUGAAUGAAAUUUCUCCCUUGACAUUUAGCAUUGGAAACACAAUGAAGCGGAUAUCUGUGAUCGUCUCUUCCAUCAUCAUCUUCCACACACCUGUCCAACCCGUCAAUGCCCUUGGAGCUGCCAUCGCCAUCCUUGGAACCUUCCUCUAUUCCCAGGCGAAGCAGUAGAAGCUCUUAAAGACGUGGUUCAUUCUCGUGGAGUGAUUGAAGUAGGGCAUUACUAGCUUCUGCAUGGGUGCAUGUUCGAUGAGCAUCAGGCUUUAUGAGUUUCAAGAAUAUUUCUAGCUGUAAAUGUAGUUGGAAUAUCACGGGAGGAGAAUAAAUUUUUUUACCAGCUUAGCUUAGAUGAUGAUAAUGAGAACUCUUUUUGGGCGGGAAGAAAGAAUAAUGUAAUGUAUUGAAAUAAUAAAGUGGUGAUGGUUUUGGGACCCGCCUGAUGGUAGGCCAAGAGAUAAUUAAAAUCUUUGAUUUUUGCA